AUGCCUCAGACAACAUCGUCACCAGAGGAACUGGACCCGGGCUCGUCAACGCCAGGGAACAGCCAAACCGGAGGGAACCCGCUUACACCGCCAAUCCCCCAGCACAUCCUGUCCUUCGUGGAUCACUCCACAUGGGGAGACCUCGCGGCCAUCGACGAGAUCGAGGAGCCCACGCCCAAGCAGAUGAACUCCCACAUCUAUUUCCUCAUGGAAAUUUUCUGGGCUUCUACGAGCUACGCAGGACGAAAGCUCUGGGGCGCAUUCAAGGACGAAUUCGACGAAUGGACCGCCCAACGAUGGGACAUGGUUCCCGACCGUACCCGAAAGCACCUCCGCGCCUUCCUGAGCACCAACGGCGUGUAUGUCGACAAUACCAACACCCCCCUACCAGCAAAGUUCGAAGCCAUCGCCAAGAGAACGACUUUCCGCACCUGGUCCAUCGAAGAGAUCAACACUGCGAGGGUCCACAGUACGAUGCACCAGGAGUUACUGGAAAACCCCAAGUUCAUCCAAAGCAUCCAGGAUCUCUCCCAAUUGACGCCAACGACCCCGACAGCCCCAGCAACCGCCUCACCGGUCCUAGCGACCAUCCCGACACAACCACAGGCCUCUCAGCAAAUCCCACAAGCAAUCCCGGCGCCACGACAACAAAACCCCAUUCCCCAGACGGCACCGAAACGGGAAGCAGAUUGGGAAACAACCUCGGAAACUAGACAAGACCCCCAGACCUGGCCCCGCCCGUCCGAGGAACCGUACUACGCACCGCGAGGAAAUGCUAAACACCUCGCAGAUUUAGCCAAGUUGUACAGCGACGACAUGAAGUACGGCGGCGGAGACUACGACAUUCUCGACACAAAAAUGGCGAUUUUCCGAGAUUUGUGUAAUCGAAUCCAAAUUCCAAGAUGGCAAGCCAGUGACGCUUUUCCGAUCAUGCUCAAGGACCGAGCCUUACGAUACUAUUACGACUGGCUUUGCAGCGGCCCCCGGGACUUCGAUACCAUGGUAGCCAAGAGAUCAGAGGAAUACUUCGAAAAGAACGAAGAGGCAGGCGGGCACCGGUAUUCUGGCAGCAUGGCGCGGACGCUAGAUUUAAUCAACAUGCAGGCCGAGCACCCCGGACAAGUCCAAAUCCGAGUGCCUGGAACUUCUGAUCAACAGGCUUGCCCUGAUUCAACGCGCAGUACCGGCAAUUGGCCAGACAGAGGAUACACUGCGCAUGCAACUCUUGAACGCAUGCCGUGGACGUACAGAGGAUCCGGCAGAGAAUCUAGAUUUGGUCGCAACCAAGGAGGACCACGCCGAGGAGGAUUCAGCAACUCCAAAUUCAGUCGACCCCCCACCGAGAGGAAGUGCUUCGUGUGCGGCAAACCCGGCUGCUGGUCAACAACUCACCCAAUCGAAGACAGGAAGAAGUCCUACGAAAGGUUCAAGGCCGACAAGGACGCACGCGACGGGUCAAUAGCAGCCUUUGCCCAGUUUAUCUACUGGCAUGAGGGAUCUGAACUCGAAGCCGAUUACGAAGAUAACCCCGUCAGCCAAUUCUUCCAAAAAUACGACGAUCACGACGACGAUACUAUCGACAACAGAGGAAAAUUCCACAGCACCUUCUUCAACGAUUCCGCACCUGCAGAUGCGAUUCAGGUUACGACACUCCUGGCAAACGCGGCCACCCACCACUUCCUAACGAAGGAAGACCCCUUUCAAGAGCAGGACCCCUCGGAGACUUACACCGCCGAGGGCCGGUAUUCUGCAACAACUUUCAGGGGUAUCAUGCCCGACUCCGGAGCCGCACAAUUCUCAACAGCCGGCCAACCGCAAUUCCAGGCCCUGCAACGUCAACUCCCUUCAGCUACCCUGGACACAACAAGGGCCGGAGAAGCCAUCGUCAAAUUCGGCUAUGGGACACCUAAGGCCUCCCUGGGAACAACAACAGUGCCCACACCCCUGGGAACGAUCGAUUUCCACGUGAUGGAAACGGAGACCCCUUUCCUACUUUGCCUCAGGGAUAUGGACAGACUCGGCAUCAAGUUCGACAACUUGAGGAACCUCCUACAACGAGGAGACGUCGAGGUUCCCGUUACACGGAAAUGGGGACAUCCCUGGCUUCAACUAACCCAGGAGGAAGCUCUGGUGUGCAAUUAUCUCACCGACGGUGAACUGCGGCGACUACAUCGACGAUUCGGACACCCCUCUGUUGCGCGCCUUUACAAGCUCCUCAAGACUGCAGGACACCCAGUGGAGAUCCAAGCCCUGGAGCUCAUCGCCAAAGUGUGCCACCACUGCCAAAUGCACUCCGCACGCCCAGCUCGCUUCAAAUUCACCCUUCACGAUGAUUGCGAGUUCAACUACGAGGUCAUCAUGGAUAUCUUCUACGUGGAGGGCAACAAACCAGUUCUACACCUCGUCGACGCGGCCACAGCUUUCAACGCCGCGCGUUUCCUUCCAGACGUAUCAACAAAGUACGUGUGGGAAGCAUUGCGCCUUUGCUGGAUUGACGUGUACCAAGGACCCCCUGACUACGUCGUUACCGAUGCAGGGAAGCAAUUCGCUUCCACAGAGUUCCGCCAGAACGCCAAGGAGAUGGCGAUUACCGUCAAGGAAGUCCCGAUCGAAGCCCAUAACAGCAUCGGCAAGGUAGAACGGUACCAUGCACCUGUACGACGUGCGUACGAAAUCCUACGCAAAGAGGACCCCUCUGCAAGCCCAGAACUGUCUCUGCAAAUGGCUGUCAAGGCUGUGAACGACACUGCAGGUCCCAACGGACUUGUGCCAACUCUGUUGGUAUUUGGCGCCUACCCAAGGAUGACACACAACUCUGCGCCAUCGCCAACGCUACAACAACGCGCCCAGGCGAUCAAGAAAGCCACAGACGCCGUCCGCAGGCUCCAUGCUGAACGCAAGGUCCAGGAGGCCCGCACCACACGCAAUGGUCCGGACACCUUACGCACCACGACCCUUCCACUGCAGUCACGUGUGAGAGUGUGGCGCGAGAAAAGCCGCCGAUGGGAAGGACCUUUCACAUUAAUCGGUGUCCACGACGAAGACUGCAUCGUGGAAACAAGCCGCGGCGCACAGAAGUUCCGCUCUACGGUGGUCAAGCCGUACUACGAGGACCCUGCUCAACAGGACGACCCUGCGAACCAGAAAGACACCGCAGAGAAACCAGCACCUGAAGUUCCGGACUCUCAACCAAGGAGCACGACCCCUCCUGGAAACGCCAUCGAAGAAGAGCCAAUCCUCGAUUCGAUAAUUGUGGCCACUCAUGCGCCCUUCCCUGGGGACGAAGACGAACUCCCAGACGACGGACCGCACAGGAACACUCGACCACGCAGAACCCACUUCGCCCACGCAUUCCUCCAGGAGAGCGAUGUUCGAGAGGACGAAAUCUUCGAGAUUUUCUUGUCAACGAAGGAACAAGCAGACGCCGCACUCGCAGUCCAGUUGCGCGCCGAUGGCAAGGUCACUACACCCGGGGAACCUUUUGAGGAGUCUUCUAAACAAGAGAUCGAGAGCCUUAUUACCCGAGGCGUCUUCGAAUUUGUCAAAUACGACGAGGACUUACACGGCGACGCAGAGAUCUUUAAGUCAAGGAUCGUAAACGAAAUUAAGGGCAAGACAACGGACAAGCCCUAUGAGAAAUCGAGGCUUGUGGUCCAAGGCUUCGGAGACGCAGGAAAGGAAGCCAUCCUCACGCAGUCGCCAACAAUCCAACGCGCAAGCCAACGCCUGAUCCUCGCCAUCGCGCCGUCACUUCAGAGACAGGGUUGUCUCCUUUGGCUGCGCGAUAUUACGCAAGCCUACGUGCAGUCGGAAAAGGCACUCCAGCGCAAGAUUUUGGCAUUUUUGCCCCAACAGAUCAGGCACUUAUACCCCGAGGGAACCGUGAUGCGCGUGAUCAAGCCGUUGUACGGGCUGGCAGAGGCAGGAACCUAUUGGUGGGUCACAUACCACAACCACCAUUUGAAGAGGCUCCAGAUGGCAACCUCUACGUACGACCCCUGCCUGUUGAUCUCCUCCCCCGAGAACCCGGAAUUUGCCUGCGUGGGGAUGCAAACAGACGAUACUCUGGGUCUGUCAACAGAGGCGUUCUCACAACGCGAGAACGAUCAACUGAAGGAGGCGUCAUUCAGCGCCAAAGACAAGCAAUUUCUCACCACCGCGGAACCCCUGGUUUUCAACGGCGGCAUCGUUACACUCAACAAAAACGGUUCAAUCACCCUGCGGCAGAAGGGUCAAGCCCAGAAGCUGCAAUUGAUCGACGCCAACGCGCCAGACGCCAAACAACAGUACGUUCAGCAACGGGCUCGCGGCGCGUACAUCGCUUCAAUUUGCCAACCCGAGGCCUGCUUUGAUCUCUCCAGCGCAGCCCAACACCAAGAACCGACCCCUGACGAUAUCAAGACUCUUAACCGAAGGAUCCAGUGGCAGAUGGACUCACAGGACAGGGGACUCACGUUCUUACCCCUGAACCUGGAGACUGCAAGACUGUACGUCUUCGUUGACGGCUCUUUUGCCAACAACAGAGAUUUCACCUCCCAGCUCGGGUUUGCGAUCAUCCUGGCCAACGAAGACGAGAUCAACGAUCGCCACGAGUUCUCCAUUACAGGGAACCUCAUCCACUUCAGCAGCACCAAGAGCAAGAGGGUUACCCGCAGCGUCCUAGCUUCCGAGGUUUACGGAAUGGUGGGCCGGCGUGGAUAUGGCUUACGCCCUGGCUUCAACAUUACGCCAGAUCACUGCCCACCUGAACCUUUCCUGCCAUCCCAACCAUCGUCUGUACAGAUUUCUUUACUCACUUCCUACGAGCGCAGAGAACUCCAGGAAGUGAGGUGGAUCAAUGGAGAGGACAAUCUGGCGGACUCCUUCACAAAAACAACGCCGAAUCGUGCCCUGGAGCGGUUUGUUGACUGCAAUAGUGCAACUAGUUACGUCCUCGCAGGGGGACGUGACGGAGGGCAGGGGGAGGUCCACCACUGGGGCAGUCGUCACGUGGUCCUGGACCUCGGGGACGACAACCCCGGCUGCAAAAUCUGA